CUCAAAAUCGAAUCGAUAUAAAGCACAGCAUCGCCGCCCACUCCUUCGUUCUCACACCUUCGACUCUUCUCUAGUUCUCCAUUCCAUCGCCAUGGCCACGACCUCGACCUCGAAGCCAGAUCCCAAGCAGAAGAAGGACGAUAAGAAGGAUGAGGAUCUGUCGGAGGAGGACCUUGCGCUCAAGCAACAGCUGGAGCUUUACGUCGAGCGAGUACAAGAUUCCGAUCCCGGUGUCCAGAAGUUUGCCCUCGAGAGCAUGAGGCAGGAGAUCCGCACUUCAACUAGCUCAAUGACAUCAGUUCCUAAACCUUUGAAGUUUCUCCGUCCUCAUUAUGGCACUCUGAAAGCAUAUUAUGAGACAAUGCCUGACUGUGAUCUGAAGAAGUACCUUGCUGAUAUACUUUCAGUCUUGGCAUUGACCAUGUCUGCUGAAGGAGAGCGGGAGAGUCUGAAGUACAGGUUGUUAGGUUCAGAGGGUGACAUUGGUUCUUGGGGCCAUGAAUAUGUGAGGAACCUCGCUGGUGAAAUUUCACAAGAGUUUACAAAACGACAGUAUGAGGACAAGCCAAUAGAUAAUCUGAUGGAACUUGUGCAACAAAUUGUUGCUUUUCACAUGAAGCAUAAUGCUGAGCCGGAAGCUGUUGAUCUUCUGAUGGAGGUUGAAGAUCUUGAUUUGUUGGUUGAACAUGUUGAUGCUUCAAACUAUAAGAGGGCAUGCUUGUAUCUAACAAGCUCUUCUAGCUAUCUACCUGGGCCUGAUGAUCUAUUAGCAUUGGACAUAGCAUAUACAAUAUAUAUGAAGUUCGAUGACUUGGCCAGUGCCCUUCGUAUAGCACUAUUUCUAGAUAACAGUCAGUAUGUGAAGCAGGUCUAUACAUCCACUGCAGAUCUGCUGUUGAAGAAGCAAUUUUCUUACAUUGUGGCCCGCCAUGGUCAUACACUGGAACUUGAUGAGGAGAUGGUUGCAAAGGAUGAGGACAGGGAUCAACUGCAGGAUAUAAUUAACAACACUAAAUUAAGUGAAGGUUAUCUUACACUUGCUCGAGAUAUUGAGGUUAUGGAACCGAAAUCCCCAGAAGAUAUUUAUAAGGUACAUUUGAUUGAUGGCCGAACAAGUGCAAGUUCCAGUCUUGAUUCAGCCAGGCAGAAUCUGGCUGCAACCUUUGUAAAUGCAUUUGUAAAUGCAGGUUUUGGUCAGGAUAAACUGAUGACUGUUUCAUCAGAAUCUACUAGCAGUGGAUCUUCGGGUAGUUGGCUUUUUAAGAACAAGGAACAUGGGAAGGCCAGUGCAGCCGCAAGUCUGGGAAUGGUCCUGUUGUGGGAUGUUGACUCUGGACUUGCACAAAUUGACAAAUAUUUGCACAGCAAUGACAAUCAUGUUGUUGCUGGUGCAUUGUUGGGUGUAGGCAUUGUCAACUGUGGUAUCAAGAAUGACUGUGACCCUGCAAUGGCAUUGCUAAUGGAGUAUAUCGUCAAAGAUGAUACAAUAACCAGGAUUGGGGCCAUUCUGGGCCUUGGCAUAGCAUAUGCAGGCUCACACAAAGAUGAGCUUAGAAUUCAGUUGACCAAUAUUCUGAGUGAUGUAAAGACACCUCUUGAAGUUCAUGUCUUUACUGCAAUCACACUGGGGCUAGUGUUUGUUGGCUCCUGCAAUGAAGAAAUUGCCCAAUCUAUUAUCUUUGCAUUGAUGGACCGCAGUGAGACUGAAUUGAGUGAGCCUCUCACUAGUCUGCUUCCUGUUGCUCUUGGCCUUCUGUAUCUUGGAAAGCAGGAAAGUGUUGAGGCCACUGCAGAGGUUUCAAAGACAUUUAAUGAUAAAAUCAGAAAAUACUGUGAUGUCACACUAUUGUCAUUAGCAUAUGCUGGAACUGGAAAUGUGCUUAAGAUCCAAAAAUUGCUUGGAUACUGUGCUCAACAUCUUGACAAGGGUGAGACCCACCAGGGACCUGCGGUUCUUGGGAUAGCCCUUGUGGCUAUGGCAGAAGAGCUAGGUCUAGAUAUGGCCAUUCGCUCCUUGGAGCACCUUCUACAAUAUGGAGAACAGAAUAUUAGAAGAGCAGUGCCUUUAGCCCUUGGUAUCCUCUGCAUAUCCAAUCCCAAGGUCAAUGUUAUGGACACACUAAGCCGACUCAGUCAUGAUGCAGAUGGAGAAGUGUCGAUGGCGGCAAUAAUUUCACUGGGCUUCAUAGGGGCUGGGACCAAUAAUGCGCGAAUAGCAGGGAUGCUCCGAAACCUUUCCAGCUAUUACUACAAAGAAGCUGGGCAUCUUUUCUGUGUUAGAAUUGCUCAAGGUCUUGUACAUCUUGGAAAAGGGUUGCUAACACUUUCUCCUUACCAUUCUGAUCGGUUUCUGCUGUCACCGACUGCCCUUGCUGGUUUGGUGACUGUGAUGCAUGCUUGUCUGGAUAUGAAGUCUAUCAUCAUUGGCAAAUAUCAUUACAUGCUCUACAUCCUUGUCUUAGCCAUGCAGCCUAGGAUGCUGAUGACAGUGGAUGAGAAUCUGAAGCCUCUGUCAGUUCCUGUUCGAGUUGGUCAGGCAGUUGAUGUUGUGGGCCAAGCAGGUCGACCAAAGACCAUCACCGGGUUCCAGACGCACUCUACUCCAGUGUUGCUUGCAGCCGGCGACCGAGCAGAGCUGGCCACAGAGAAAUAUAUACCUCUGACUCCAGUGCUGGAGGGAUUUGUUAUCUUGAAGGAGAACCCAGAUUACAAAGAAGAUAACUGAUACCCAAUCACUUACAUUUACUGAAUGUUAUGCUUGUUGGCGGUGGGGUUCUGAUGUGAUUAGGCUGGAGCUGUUAUAUUAUACCCCAAAAGUAGUUGGUCAUUUCAGGCAGGCAGGUAGUUGGGUCUUCUUCCUGGAAAACUCAUGGACGUGCCACUACCACUGAGUGGUGGUCAUAGAUGACAUUGAUUAAUUCUGUUUUUGCAAGCUUCGGAAGGAAAAUGCUUUUAUUAUUAUUAUUAUUAUUAUUAUUAUUAUUAUUAUUAUUAUUAUUUUUGUUCAAUUCCAUGAUUUUACUGCUGCAGUGAGUUUGCAACAUCAUAAUCAUUUCAAGUUGUGUUACCAGGGUUUUAGACUUUGGGCUUUGGAUAAACUUUAUAAUUAAUUUAAUAGAGGCCAAAUUUAUCUUA